CAGCCCCCAAACACUUGUCGUCGUUCGUAUACUCGUACAUACCUCUCCAUCCAUCCACUACCUCUUUACCAGAUAAUAUAGCGAAUGUCUGUUAACUCUUCCACCACUAUCUUUCUGAAUAACAUCUUCGUUAACAACUUUGAAGAAUCUACCUUUGAUUUCAGCUCCAAUUUCUUUCAACAGACGACUCCCGCCCCGUCUGACGAUUGUUUCCCUUUCUUUGACACAACCACCACCACCACUGUAUCUGCACCCAUAAACAUACCUUCUCCUUCUCCUUCUUGUACAAACAUCACCUAUGCUCCUGUCAACACCAACAACAACAACAACCAUUACUUGUACUCGCCCAUCUCGACAAGUGAUGACAGUCUAUGCUUUUCUCCAGCAGCAGAUUCAGGUAAUUUCCUAUCAGCAGCAUCUCCUGCAUCGUCGUUGGGCUCCUAUAUGGCAGCCGAAACCUUCCUGACGUCCUCGAGUAGUAGUAGUAACAACAAGAACAACAAUGUUGACUUUUUCAAUCACGAUUUCUGCCUGAAUGACUCACUCGGAUCACAGAACAUCCCCUUUACGAUCCCCGCGCUCCAGGUGCAACCCGAGGAAAACUGUCUUCCGACCCCAGUGGCUGGUUCAUCGUCAUCACCCGCUCUUCAGCAAGCGCCUGCUGCUGCAUUCCAGCAACAGCAAGACUACUUGAUGAUGUUGUCACCUUCCAUGGAUCCCAUCUUUGUGGAUCAACCACGACAACAGCAUCAACAACAACAACGCAACGCAACAAUGACGCGCCGCCGUAUUCCCAAGAUCCAUCGAUGCCCUCACUGCACGCACACAAGCAACCGUGCCAAUAACAUGAAGGAGCACAUCUUGACACACGAUCCACAUCGUCCCAAGAAGUUCGCCUGUCCCGAGUGUGGCAAGCGGUUUGCCCGCAAGCAUGACAUGAAGCGUCACUUCAAGUCACCUCACUAGAAAAAACUCUAUCUUUUACCCCCCCCCCUUUGUUGUAUAUGUCCCAUUCCCUCUUUCUCUAUCUUAUAUAUAUAUGUUAUUCUUCUCUUCUCUGUUAUAUAUACUCUAG